AUGUCAGGAUACCCAGGUCAAUAUGGAGGAUAUCAAGGCGGCCCACCUCAGCAACAAUACGCGCCUUCUGGCAGCUACUACCCUCCUCCGCAGCAAGGGUACAACGGAUAUCCUCCCGCAGGGUCAGGAUACGGCUACCAACAACCGUCGCCCCAGCCCUAUGGUUACAACCAGCCCCCCCAACCGCAAUAUGGCGGCUACCAGCAGCCUCCACAGCCCAACUACAACAAUCGCCCAGGUGCACCGACGGGGAAUUCGAACGCAUACAUGCACGGAAAUCACCACGCUCCUCCGCCGCCACCAUCUGCGCCGCAGCAGUUCGGGCACGGCGCGCCCAACGGAUAUGCCUUUCAGUAUUCCAACUGCACGGGCCGGAGAAAAGCGCUGCUAAUUGGAAUCAACUACUUUGGCCAGCGCGGCCAACUGCGCGGAUGCAUCAACGACGUCAAGAACAUGUCGGCAUAUCUCGUCGAGCGUUUUGGGUAUAAGCGGGAAGACAUGGUCAUUCUUACUGAUGACCAGCAAAACCCCAUGAGCCAGCCUACGAAACAGAAUCUUUUGAGAGCCAUGCACUGGCUGGUGAAAGACGCCAGGCCCAAUGACUCUCUCUUCUUUCACUACUCAGGCCAUGGUGGGCAAACAAAAGACCUCGACGGCGAUGAGCCUGAUGGGUAUGACGAAGUCAUAUAUCCUGUGGACUUCCGCCAAACAGGCCAUAUAACCGACGACGAAAUGCAUAGAAUUAUGGUGAAACCUUUACAGGCUGGUGUGCGACUCACUGCCAUUUUCGACUCCUGCCAUUCGGGUACUGCUCUCGACCUGCCUUACAUUUACUCAACCCAGGGUAUUCUCAAAGAACCCAAUCUUGCCAAGGAAGCCGGCCAAGGGCUUCUCGGCGUUAUUUCGUCAUACAGCCAAGGAGAUCUCGGCGGGGUUGCAAGCAACAUUAUGGGCUUUUUCAAGAAGGCCACCACUGGCGAGGAUGCAUACAACCGCACAAUAGCUACCAAGACAUCACCCGCCGACGUAGUCAUGCUGUCUGGAAGCAAAGAUGACCAAACUUCGGCCGAUGCAACAAUCGCUGCUCAAGCCACCGGCGCAAUGUCGUGGGCCUUUAUCACCGCUUUGAAGAAGAAUCCCCAACAGAGCUAUGUGCAACUUCUCAACAGCAUCCGAGACGAACUCUCGACGCGCUACACGCAAAAGCCUCAGCUGUCAUGCAGUCACCCUUUGGACACCAACCUUCGGUUUAUCUUGUAA